UUUACUGUAAACCAGCAGCUCCAUUUAGCCCAAUAGGCGUCAGAAACAGAUGCUAACACCGCAGUAGAUCAAACGCCGACAUUAAACACAAGAGGAUACCUGUUUUACGGUCAGCACUGUCUGCGGAGGCUAUAUAGGGACUGCUGCGGUGAGUUUCCGUCAUCUGAUCUGAGUGUUCACAGCCAAACACCACACCCCAAAACUCUUGAGUCAUUUCAGAGAACUUGAAGUAGGCCAUGAGAAAACAUCCUGACUGAUGUGAUUGUUUAAUGUCUCACUUUAUUCACAGAGGUAUAAUCCAGUGUCUGUGUGGACAUGAUAGCAAAGUUAGGAAUGUUUUGUCUUGGCUGAAGAAGAUCUGAAUUUACUUACAUUUAAUCUAAUUUCAAAGUAGAUGGAAGUAAUGAACUGAUUUAUUAAUAUGCAGAAAAGGCUUGCAAUAUCCUAGAAUUUACUGCUAAACUGAACUAAAGCUGUAUAUUAUGAUUUUUAAUAUUUCUGCAUUUAAGAGCUUUGAGUUUGAUCAGUUUUAGUGUGCAUUAAAGUUUAUAUUUUCUGACUUUUCUGACUAGAUCAAAUUAAGUUUUACUGCAGUUUUGGAGGAUUUCAGACUUUCAUAGUGCAAUUUGUUGCACGUUUUCACAUAAUUGUUCUCCUGGUGUCCUGUGGAACCAUAAAAAAAGUCUAUAUUUCCAGACUUUGCUCUCUUUUUAUGGUUGUCUUUAGUAACACACCCUCGGCUAUAGAAAUACAAAGCUUGUUUCAACAGUUAAAGAAAUGCUGUUGGACGACUUGUCUGUCUAAAAGGAUUUGGAAGCUUUGUACAGUGUGUGUGUGUGAUAAAGAGGAGAGGCUCAGAUAUGAGUGAUCUGUUUUCUUCUUUUCCGCAGAGAUGAGGGCGCUGACUUUGCAGCCGGUCGAUGUGUCUCAAGGCGAGCAACGUCUGCAGACCACAUGUGGGAGGAGUUUAUCUUCCAACUACACUCCUCCACGUCUGGAGAACAAGCUCCUGGAUCAGACUUCUUCACUCAUCCCCCCACUUUUAAACCUUGAAGCGCAGCCUUCCUCUUGUCCUGCUCUGCAGCCCUCCAGCCUGUCCUCCACCUCCUCCUCCCUUCUCUCCUCCUCUUCUUUCUCACCCUCCCUCACCUCUCCUCUCCUUAGCACAGAGAAUAAGCUCCUCGUAAGCAAAUCGCCUCUUGUUUCUAUUUCCCUGACCUCAUGCACUACCAUCCCAAAUGAACCCCUGCUCUCUACAGCCAAGAGUGGAUUUGCCGAACCUUCUCGUCUUCUUGUUUUGGGAGAACAGAAGGGCACUGAUGAAGAAGAAUCAUUUGAAGAGGCAGAGUCCUCUUUUGAAGAUACAAGUGUGGUACAUAAAAUGAUCUCCAUUGCUCCUUCUCAAUAAUGGUCCAUUUUAAAAUGUUAUACGUUUGACAGUACUUUUUUUUUUUUACUUCCUCUACAUUAGACGGACUCUGAAGAUGAUGAAUACUUGUCUGAGGAGGAGGAGGAGGUUGUGGAGAAGGAUAACAUUGGGUCACCCAUGGAUUUAGCUACUCUGGGAACAGAUUUGGCCAACCAAGAACCUGAUCAGUCUUUGGUCAUCAGACAGGAGGAAUUUGCUGAGCUGGAGAGGAGAAAUGAUCAACUUGCAGAGGAGCUGAAGGAUAAAAAAGUAGGAGGAAAUAAUUUUGACGACACGGUUUUAGAAGUCUGCAUUUAUAAUAGUGGUGAAACCUCACUGUGUCACUCUCUAUCACGUAAACUGACAGUAUGUAAUCUUUUCCUCAGUAUCUCCUGCUGAACGCUGUGUGCUGCUCCCUCAUCAAUAAGAAGACAAAUCCAGGUGAGAAGGAGUGGGACUCAGAGAACAGUGUUUGGACCAGCAUCACGAACCUGGCUAAGGACCUUUCAGACUCUGACCCACAGUUUCUUCUCAAGGUGUGUAUCCACACCUGAACCUGCAGAUCUUCCACCCCUAUCAGGACUGUCUCACUUCUAUAAUGUCAAAAAACUGUCAGUAUUAUAUCAUGUAAGUUUCUUGUUAUUUUUGGGGUUUUCAGGUGGCAGUUUACGCCCGACAGGAGCUGAACAUCCGCAUCACAGCAAACUUCCUGUUGGCUCUGGCUGCUCAUCAACCGUCCACCAAGUCCCAUGUCCGCAGAUACUUCUGUGCCGCCGUACAGCUGCCCUCAGACUGGCUGGAAGUCGUCAGAAUCUACACCACUGUAAGUGCUUCUGAGCGUCUGAAUGCUAGGGUUGUAAUUAUAUAAAAUAAUAAUCAUGAGUGUGGUAUAGUGACAAAAUUUAUUAGUGCAAUUAAAUUAUUCUAGUUGAAACACCAUAUUUGUCUGUUUCCAGUGUUUCAGCCGCUCUCUGCCGAUGUGCUUAAAGAAGGCGAUGGUCGACAAGUUCAAGCAGUUCAAUGAGUACCAGUUGGCUAAAUAUAACACACGGAAACACCGCUGCAAACACAGCCGCAACAGACCCAAAAAUAAGGUAAGAAGCAUCCAUAUCGGGCUUUAUCUAUCGAUGGCGUGUUUCUAAUUCAUAUAUUGUGCUGCACAUCCUAGAAAGCAAGCCGUCGGCAGCUGCAACAGUGGGCAAACCUGUUACGAUCAGACAAAACCAUGCUCUCCAAGUUUGUAAGUAAAUAAACAGCACUUAUCUUUGUGUGUCAGUAACUGCUUUAACUGUUUUUACAGCUUGAGAUGACUGAAUUGAAUUAAGGGUUUUUAAAGCGAUUUCUAAUGAAGAUUAAAUUUAAAUACAUCUGAGCCUUAUUGGCAGAGUUUUCAAGUGCUUCUAUAUUUCUGUUUCUAUUUUAGCAGAGUUAAUUUGUUCUGUUGUUGAAUGCGCUUGUGCAGUUGCAGGUAGACGGCAGCAAGGUAGUGGUGGAUAAAAAGCAGAGUGAGUUCAGUAUGAAGAAGAUGAUCAAGAGGCUUCACAUUAAAGACCCGGCUGAACACGUUAUGGCCAUCCUGGGAAAAAAGUAAGCAACACAAACACAGAUAUAUUUAUAUUCUGAUAAUUUCUAACUUCUUCUUUUAUGUGUUUAUCAUCAUAAUAUGUAAUGACUUAUUGUAUUCAAGAGCAGAUAAAAGGACAUUUAAAGAUGUAUGUACACAUUAUUACAUAGUACAUGUUUUGUCUCCUAAAAAAAAAAAAAUUCAACUGCCAGUAUUUUCCAUUUUCAAUUUUUCGUUAUCUGAGUGAAAAGUGCAUCAAAAUGUACUUGAUGUUUAAAAAUUAUAUGCUUGCAUACAUGGACAAAGUAAUGAGGGCUUAAUCGAAGUUUAAUCUGAAAUACUUAGAAAUGAUUAAUCUUCAAAAUCUACAUCACAAAAAUAUUUUUAAUUAGUUUUACAUGAUGAUUUUUUCAAGUAUAAUUUGCAGGGCUGUUAACUUAAUAUGAAAUAGUAUUGGUAAAAAUUAGAAAGUUAGUAUUUUCAGUAUUUAGUCAUUUAUUUUGAAAAGAAAAAAAGAGUUUGUUUUUUGGUCUGAUUUAAAAUACACCUGUGUUGUUCUCAGGUAUCCUGCUGAUUCAAAGUCUUUCACUAAAAGUGGGAUGAAGGGCUCAUGGGACAGGGAGCGAGCCGGGCAGCGGAUGAAGCUCAAGCAGCCUGAGACGUGGGAGCGUCUGCUCAGCCAGGAGGGAAACAAGGCUGCUACCUGGGAGAAACUCAUAGGUAUACCAAGUGCAAAUAUCAAUGAAUGAGUUUUUACUUACAGUACAUGUUCGUAGCAAUGAUUUCCAUUCACCAAGUUCCUCCUAUUUAUUUUAUUUCAAUCUCAAAGUAUUGUUUUUCGGGGGCCCAAAUAGCCCUGAAGUAAGGGGUUUUGUAUAGCAUGAGUGGGUCAUUCUGGUGGAGGAAUUCCUUCGCGAGGAGACGAGACUCCCACUGGACCAACUUAACCUGUCUUUUUAACUUUCAAGGGUCAACAUCACAAAGAAAUUGUAAAAGACGUGUCCACAUAUUGCUGAAUAAUGCCUCCUCUAUUCAGACAACAAGUCUCUUCCAUUCAUGGCCAUGCUGAGGAACCUGAGGAACAUGAUUAUCAAAGGCAUCAGUGAAGCUCAUCAUAAGAAGAUCCUCAGCAGACUCACCAACAAGGUCAGAUCCAUCAAAAUAAAAGAAAGCAUGGACUCAGUCAUUUUUUGUAACUGCUACUUUCUCUGUGUCUUUACAGAAAGCUGUUAUUCAGAGCCGACAGUUUCCUUUCAGGUUUCUCGCUGCUUACAAGGUCAUCAUGCAGCUUCAAACUUUAGGUGAGAUACAGUGAAACACACACAAAUAACACGAGAUUUGAAGAUUAAAGUAAAAGAUUUAUUAGUAACAGAUUUAGAUGGUCAAGAGUAAAGCUAAAAUGUGUUUAGAUGAUUCCCGCACAUGCACGCUGCUAUUACCAAGAUUUGUAUAAUUAAGAAAACUCCGCCCCCGCUCUUUACCUUUCUGUGAUCUAGCCUCAGCAUCAGUGCUGGCGAUCCCCCCUGUUCACGAGAUCCUGAAGGACAUCCUGAAGAAGAUUCCCAAGAGCAAACGCUUUCGGCAAAUGGAGUGGGAGACGGCAGGACGGAAAAGACUGAGGGUGACGCUCGGAGUACCGUUUGUCUACAGACUCUACAAAACAAAGAAAGCUCAGCUCAUAAAAGCAAAGUAUGUGAAUGUUUUCAAGAUUCAAGAGAAGUUUUCAGACUAGUGACUAUUUAUACACCGCUCUUUCACCUGCUAAAUGAACAGGAUUGAAAUAAAAAAGGAAAAUCCAUGAUAACUUAGUGUCACUGUUUCUGUGUGUGUGUGAAUCCAGUGAGAGGCUGUUCACCGUUGACCUUCUGGAUCGUUACCGUAAAGCUCUGGAGACGGCCGUGCAGCUCUCCUGUCGCUACAACGUGCCCCCGCUCCCCGGACGGACUGUUAUCCUGCUGCCAACAGACUUGAGGAACAAUACAACCAUGACUGAGAAACAGGACUUCUGCCUCCCACCAGACCCUGAGCAAAAAGACGAUGAGGAGGAGGAGGAGGAGGAGGAGAGGAGCCGGAGGAGAAGGAGGGACAAAAAGAAAGACGAGGAUAAGCUCACUCCAUCUGUAAGGCUCUUUAACACGAAAACUGACAAGAAGAAAUCCUCGAAAUCCUCACAUGUCUAACCUCUCCUUAAUUUCUUUGUUCUUACAUCCUUGCAGGUUAAGGAGAUUGCAGUUUUGCUUUCUCUGAUGAUUGAAAGCAGCGCUGAAGACUGUCAGCUGCACAUUUAUGAUUGGCGUAUGAGUGAGGAAGUCAAGCUGAAGUCUGAUGUUCUUCUGGAUAAUGUCAGGACUGUGGUCAAACAAAUGAAGGUCAGGCUUUUUUCGUUUUAUAUCUCUUAUUUAUUUUGAGUCCUUUAAACACAUGAAAAUCUCUUACAAAGCCCUCCAAUUCCACCAUUGAUUGAAUAACCCGUAACCCAAAGUAAUACUUUUCAUCCACAGACAUUGGAUAGAAACAAGGAAGGAAGCCUCGCCGCACUCUUCAACAACAAAAGCAAGGUCAGAUUUUUACUUUUCAUUGACUUCAAACGCUGAGAGGGAUUAUUUUCAUAGUGAUUAAAAAAUGUGCGUUUUUCUCCGGCGGUUUCAAAGUUGCGUAAAGAUAAUUCAUCAAAUGAGUAUUUCUUCUGAAAGAAUGAAUGACUUUGUCUGUCGUUAAAUGUGAAGUGUGAUGAACGGGGAAACGUUUCUGUGUCUUAGAUCGACAACAUCAUCGUGCUGAGUGACUACUACGUGCCUCAUCCGAUCCAGUGGGCCAUCAACAGCUACAGGGCGGACGUAAACUGCAAAUCUCUCUUGGUGAAGAUCUCCAUGUCAGAAGGGUAAAUUCAGAUUUCUUUCUUUCUUUCUUUCUUUCUUUCUUUCUUUCUUUCUUUCUUUCUUUCUUUCUUUCUUUAUUUCUGGACAUGGUUAAAAAAAUUAUAUAAAAAAACCACACAAAACAACAGUUAAGAAUAAAAUAAAAUAAGUGCCUCACUUAGAAGCACAUCAAUCUCACUUAUCACAACAAAAUGAGAACAAAAACAAAACCAGAGUGAUCAAUCUUUCGCUCUGUUGACCAAAACAUGUCUCCUUUCUUCUCCUUUUGGUGAUUCAUUUCGACAGGGGACACAGGUGUGUGCUUAAAUGUUUUUUGUCAAACUUGUAUAAAUGUAAAUGUGUCUCCCUUUCUGUUUUUUACAUUUCUUGAUUGGAUGAUAUCAGAUGAUGUUGUGUUCAUUUCUUGAAGAUGCACGGAGACGACACCUGAGAGGAACAGUGUGAGUCUCACGGGCUUCAGUGAACAAAUACUCAGGUAGAUGUUUCGCAUUUAUCCCACAGAUAUGAGAUAUUAGUAAAGUUCUUCAAGUCAUCGAGAAAGCUAGUAAGUCUUUUCCAUGCAGUGUUUAAUCGUUAAUUUUACAACUUGUCCAGGUUUGUGGCAGAGCGAGGAUCAUCCAGGCUGCUUGACCAUGUGGAGCAUUUGGACAAACUCUACAAAAUCCCACCUGCAGAGGGCGCUGAAGGCCUCCAGAGCUCAGCCAAAGUUGUCCCAAUCCCUGCCAGCCCCAAGUUAAGGUAGUUUCUGUGUGUUUAAUCGAACCUCAAACGUCAAAGAUCUCUAUUUUUUUAAAACUACUUCAACACUGACUCCCUCGUCUGUCCCCAGGUGGAGAGGUGUCCGUGUGUUUGUCUCCUCCACCUUCAGAGACAUGCACGCCGAGCGGGACAUCUUGGUGCGCAGCGUGUUCCCAGAGCUCAGGCGUCGUGCCGCUCAACACUGCCUCUACCUGCAGGAGGUGGAGCUGCGCUGGGGCGUGACAGAGGAGGAGUCGGAGCGAGCCGCAGAGCUGUGUCUGUCAGAGGUUUGUCGCAGUCAGAUGAUGGUGGGAAUCCUGGGAGAGAGGUACGGCCUGGUGCCUCCCAAACCGGACCUACCUGACCUGCCCCAGUACAGCUGGGUAAGACUGGUGACAGUGAAGAGAAGUUUGAAGAGUUUUAGAGGAGGGCUGAGUUCACAGAUGACAGUCAGAUCUUUGUUGUUUCCCUUUGUGCAGCUGGUGAAGGCUCCAGCAGGCAUGUCCAUGACAGAGAUGGAGAUCCGUCAGUUUCAGGCUCUUUACCCCGACACAGCACAGCAGCGGAUGGUCUGCUACUUCAGAGACCCAAACAUCACCAAGUAUGUUAUCUAUGCUCACGUUCAUAAGCAGCUGUUUCACUGAUGAUUGUCUUUAUCAUGUUUUCAAGUAUUUGGAAUUCUUUAAAGUUGAUUUUGAUGCAGUGACACACUGGAGUUUACAAAAAAUCCUUGAGAGCGUUUUCUAUUUGUCUAAACUCUGUUUGUGUUACUCAGAUCUGUACCUGUGGCGUGGAGAUCUCACUUUGCUCCUGAAUCAAAGGAGGCUGAGUCUAAAAUGACCUCUCUGAAGAGGAUGAUACGAAACAGUGAAGUCAAGGUCACUGAGAGGUGAGUUUGGAGGGUAUCCAUGGGGUCUUAAAAAGUCUUAAAACAUCUAAAAUCUAAUAGGUUGAAUAUUAGGCCUUAAAAUGUCCAAAAAUUCUCUUAAAAUCUCAUAAAAUGUCUUAAACGCGAUUUUGAACGGUGUUAAAAACAUAUGAACUCUACUAACAAAUAAAUAAUGUGCCAGAGGAAUAAAGAUUGAUUUGAAGUCAUGUAAAAUGUUCUGAUUUCCCUUCAUGUAUUAUGGAUGUUAAAUGGGUCUCAAAUUGUUUUCGUUACAGUCUUUAAAAAGUCUUAAAAAGUCUUAAAUUUGACUGGUUGAAACCUGCAGAGACUCUGGUUUGAGGUAAAAUUAACUUUCAGAGAGUUAUUGUUUUUUAUUUCACUGAAUCUCUUUUUCUUUGUCUGUCGUAGUUACCUGUGUGAGUGGGGAGGUGUUGUGGACGGGAAACCGUAUCUGAAAAACUUGGAGGACUUUGGCAAAGCUGUGCUGGAAGACCUGUGGACGGCUGUUUUAAAGCACUUUGUUGACGUGAGUGAAUCUGACUGUUGAAUGUGGACUGUUUAGACUGUGAAUUUGGGUUGACAUGCUGAAGAUUACAGAUAAACAUCUUUUUAUUCUCCAUGUAACAGGAGCAAGACAACUACGAGGCUGUGUCCGGUGUGAGAGAGCAGGAGGUGCACCAGGGGGCGCUGCAGAGACAGUUCUUUGGCAGACAGAAGCUGCUGAGUGCAGCUGUGGAGACGGUGGAGAAGGUCCAGACUAAAGGAGGGAUGAUGGUGUUGGAGGGAGGACCUGGAGAGGGAAAAACUGUCUUCAUGGUACUUGUUUUUGGAGUUCUGCUCUGAAACACUGAACUGUGAUGUUUGAGGAUUUUCCUCUGAGAAUAACGACACACAUGUUUCUCUGUCUGCAUACAGGCUGCUCUAGCAGAGACCCUCAGGACCCUCAGAGUGAAGUCCAAGACCAAGUUCAUCUGUGACGUCAUCUCCUACUCUACAGCUGCCAGCCAAUCAGCUCGCUCUGUGGAGAACCUGCUUCAGUAUCUUAUUCAGUUAUUACGGAAAAUGAAAGAUAGUGAAGAGGAAGCAGCUCUCCCUCAUUCUUACGGGUAGAUAGAUCUUGAAUGGUCUUUGGUUGAGUCUCCAGGUGUGUCCAUUUUUUCUUUACACUAACUUUUGACUUUCCUUUAAUUAUUUAUUACAGAGAUUUGCUGUCAGAGUUUCACUCCAGGAUCAGUGACAUAGAGAAAGAAAAACCUCUGGUGCUGCUGGUUGAUGGAGUGGAUCUGCUCCAAGACAAGAAGGGCCAGCUCUGCUCUGAUUGGAUACCACAGCAGCUCCCAAAGGUUAGUGACAAAUAAAAUACACAAAUAGACAGUAAAAUAUGUACCUUUUUUUCUAGGUCUGGUUUAACAGUAUUAAUAUUUUUGGCUCAUUUUUUUAAUUUUAUCAUGUAUUUCUCUGCUUCUUUCCUCGUCAGGGUGUUUGUUUAGUAGUGAGCGUCCCAUCCAGAGCUGCUCUGCUGCAAACUCUGACCAAAAGAGGAAGUUCUGUCCUGUUUUCUCUGGGUCAGCUCACCAUGCAGGACCGGAGAGAGAUCGUUCAGGAGGGACUGGACACCUUUGGGAAGAAACUCAGCGAGUCUGCGUUCAAUAACCAGGUUUGUCUUUGAAUUAUUGACGCUGUAUAUGUUACUUGAACUCUGAUUAUCCCACGUGUCUCCUUCUGGUGUCAUAAAAACCUUCUCUCAUGUACGUAUUACUUUUCUUUUUUGACCGCAUCGGUGCUGUUUUUGCUUGUGCAGCUCCAGACUCUGAUGAUGAAGAAAGGAGCAGUGAGUCCUCUCUACCUGCACCUGGCCUGUGAAGACCUGAGGAACUACGCCUCCUUUGACAAGGUCUAAUAACACUUCUUUCACGCCCAAAGUGCAAUGGAACAAAUAGGUUUCUAUCAUCGGUUAUUAUUUUGUUUUACAAAUACUCGGGGUGAAACUGAUAGAUCCUCAUGGGCAUCAUCUUUUUGAUAAAAUUGUAAGAUUUCCACUUCUGUUUAUUUUUCAGCUGAAGGAGGACCUCAAAGGGAUACCUCAGUCUCUGAGUCAGCUGGUGCAGCACGGCCUGGACAGACUCUGCUCACAGUACAGAGGCAUGCUGGGACUCCGCUGGGCCCUGGGAGCUCUCACUGUCAGCACCACUGGUAGGAUUUGUCAAGUAUUUUGUCUGUUUCACCCUCAUUUUAAAUUGAUUUCCGUGAGCAGCAACAUUUUUGUCCUUUUCAUCCUCAGGUCUGAGGGAGGGAGACUUGUACUCUGUUCUGAACACAUGUAAUGACUUAUCCUCACGGGACAGACAGGCCAAGUGGGAGGAAGUUCUGCAUUUGUCCAGGAACCCUAAAGGACGCAUCCCCAUGGCGACUUUCACUCGUGUAGUUCAGAGUUUACAGAGGUAAGAGCUUGAGUUUGAGCUCAUGGGAAGGGUCGUUUUUAUACCGGUCACAAGUAGAAGUACUUCAAAGCUGCAGUCUUUCUAUUGGCCAGCAGAGAGCGACACCAUUCUUCAAAGGAAUAAAUCUGAUUCUAUAGAGGUCCAACAUUUGAUUACAGACCUCAAUUUGUAUUUUUUAUACAGUCUGAUUGGUUCGUCUCAUUGCCACAACACUGACAGCCUGCUGGUUCUGACCAAUCCGGAGGUGAGGAGGGCCUUUGAGGACUUCCUGCUGCCAACAGAACGGGACAGAACCAGAGCUCACCUUGUACUUGGAGGUAGAUUACACACACACACACACACAGUUAUCAAAAUAUUAAAAAUAAGUUUACUCUAGCUUCAUCGUUGUAUCUCCUUGUGCAGCUCAUCUGUGGGCUCUUGCCGACCCUCAGGGAGCAGACACCUUCCUGCACUGUGAGGCCGACUCAGUCAUGCAGCUGCCCUCAAACCUGGUGAGCAGUCUCUGAAACACACAUGAGAACAAUGUUUGCAGCAGCCCCUAAUGCUUUGACAUGAAUAUUUAAAUGAGUUUGAAGGUGUACAGAGAAUAAGCCCUUUGUGUGUAGACUUUUGGUCUGACACAUCUAUCAUAAUGACCGGUUUUAAAUGAGAAAUAUGUAAUUAAACGAUGUUGAGAGGAAAAUUAAAGAUAAGAUUUUUGUCCUGUAGAUUUGAACUCAUGUCUGAUUUUCCAGAUUCAGAGCGAUCAGAUGGAGGCUCUUCACUCUCUGCUCUCCAGCUUCUACUUUGUGUACGCUCAGGUGCGUCACGGCCUCCUGCACCAACUCCUGCAGACUUACAGCUCAUACGGUGAGUGUGCAUGACUGAACUGUGUGAUGAAAGUAAACGGCGGGUUUCUAAAUUAACGUUUGUAUCCUGUAAAUUGUUCCCCUCUCUGUAGAUGAAGAGUGUGAUUCUACAUCCUCAUGUAAGUUCUGAAAACUAACCGACUCACAAUAUUCUUCCAAGUUUUCUUCAUUCCUCUUCAGCUCGUCUCUCUUCUGUCUCUCAGGCGGUUCCCAAAGUCUCCUUGAAGACUGUCGUAGUUUCCUGAAGCGUCACUCUCAGCUGCUCUCCUCCUGGCCGGCUCUUUUCAUCCAGCAGGCCCUCAACGAACCUCCGGAGACCUCUGCUCACACCUGGGCACAGGGCCUGAUGGGUAAAGGAGGAGUCCGUGUCGUGGAGUGGCUGAAUAAUGACAGUAAGGUUCAGCAGGAGACCAGGUAAGCUGGAAGGACUGCAGUUGUUUCUGUUCAACCUUCUGUGUUCAGAGUUUGAAGUAAGUAUUCAUGUGGAGGAAUGUUUUAGAAAAGUGUUGUGUUAAAUCUCAGUGAGCUGGUGUCGACCUUCUCCUCUGAACCGACCUGUGUGGUUGUGAGUCCAGAUGAAGAUCUGAUGGUGGUCAGCACCGGACAGGGAACGCUGCAUUUCAUCGACACACAGACUGGACAGGUUUGAACAAACUUCUUUUACUUUUAUUGAGACGGAUCAGUUUGAUCAGAUUUUAGCAUUUCACAGAUCUUGUCACCUCGAUGGACUCACUUUUGGUUUCUUUCAGGUCAUCUUUCACUUUUUGAAAACUCUAAAUAAGUUCUCUUGUUUAAAGUUCAGACUCCAAUUUAAAUACAUUCAUCAAAAUAGGUUGUACAUUAGACUGUCUGCAGUGAUCUUAAGCGGAUGAUAAAAUCCAAACUCUCCUCUGGUUUUGAACAGGAAGUGAAAUCUCUGGUGAGCAGCUGUGACGGCAUCUCGAGCUGUGUGUUUCUCAAAGAUGGCCGCCUCGCCACCACCUCCUAUGACGGGCGGAUAGAAAUCUGGGACAUCGGGAACAGCUGCAGGUGAGAGGAGGGCUGGACAGAAAGUUUUUGCCUGUUUAAAUCACUUGGUGUCUGUUUUUGGUGGAUGUAGUUUAAAUUGACGGACUCAUGUUUCGUCUCUUUGCAGGACCGCUCUCAUUGAUGCCCACACAAACACAAUAACAGGAAGUGACAUCACUGCGGACAAGAAGAACCUCGCAACCGUGUCCUUAGACUUCAUGUUAAAAGUUAGUUCUGAAAAAUGUCAUUAAACCACUAUAGUUGUUAAAAUAUACACAAAUCUGAGCACUUUGAAUUAUGAUGAGCUGAUUUUCUCUCCUCCAGGUCUGGUCCUCGGCUAAAGGUAAUGAAGUUGCAGCCUUUCACAGCUCUAGUCCUUUGAACUGUGUGACCUUUGACCCCGAUGGUCACCUGCUGGCUGCAGGUUGCUGGGAUGGGAAUGUGAUCGUUUGGAACUGGCUCCAGAAUAAAACCGUCACAGUGAGUUUUAACAAAGAGAUAAAAAGUUUUUCAUGAAGAGAAUCAAAAUGAAAAAUAAUCGCUCGCUGGAAUUCACACCGAGAAAAAUGAGAUAGAGGUCCUGUGAACAACUCUGAAACUGCAAAAACCUGUGCAGGUACAGGAGAACGCAGAUAAAGAUUGAUUCUUGCACAUCUUCUGGAGUGUGAAGUUUGAAUCUUGCUCCUUAAAAACUUUAAUUUUCUGAUGUUUUUUGACUUUUUGUCAUAUAUAGUUGAAUAAAGACUGUUUCCUGUUGAACUUCAUGUGAUUGAGGUUGUAGUACCGCUGUAAAAAUGACUCUUUGUUUUUCUCCUCUACCUCUCUUCAGAAUCUGUCCGGUCAUCAGCGCUCUGUUCGCUCCCUCUCCUUCGCUCCCUCCUCCUCCUCCUCUUCCUCCAUGCUCUGCUCCGGCUCUGUGUCUGGAGAGGUCAGGGUGUGGUCGGUGCCCACCUCCACCUGUGUGGGAUGUUUCCAGGCUCACAGCGGAGCCACAGAGACUCUCACCUUUGUGGAUGAAGGGAGCAUGCUGCUGAGUGCUGGCUCUGAUCACAUGGUGAGGAAACGACAUAAGUACUGUUUGGCUGAAAUUUAUUUAUUUCUAAUAUUCAAAAAUCCUGCUUGGCACUACAAGAGUAAUCCACCUUGGACAUAUCUUUCUUACCAUUGAAUGCCGUAAACACAGUUGUUUGUUUAAACCAGCCACACUAAAGGAUUCAUGGAGCCUCCCUGCUGUAAAAGCUGGCAUCUUGUUUUUCAAGGAAAAGUUGAAGCAGUGCUCCUGUGCCCAUUUUCCAUUAAGGACCAUGAUUAUUGUGUAUAUCUGACACUGAGGGGGGAAAUGAGAGCAGUUCCUGACCCACUAGUCCGUGAAAAUGAAUAUGAGUCGGCCGGUGGGACUUAAAAACACCAGCUACAAAAAACAAGAGAAAGAUUCAUCUUAGCCUGAAGCUUGGAUCAGCACAUUUCUAACAUUUUAAGAUAGAUCACUAUAUAUUACUUUAUUAUAUAUUAUUAUUUCAAUGAGAGUCCCUCUCUUUCUCUCUGUCUUCUCAUCCUGUCCAACAGCUUCAUCUCUGGUCAGGGGGACUUGGCCGUUCGAUGACCACAUUAAAUCGUGAUUUGGUAAGCUCUUUGUGCAUUUGCUCAAGGUUUGUCUUCUUGGAUAGAUGUCAUAACUGAAAAAGUUGUGCAUAAGUUUGAAGGCAGCUGAUGUUAGGUGAUAAGAGGUGAAUAUCUAAAACUUUUAUUUAUGUUUUAGUGCGAGCAGGAGCCUCCCCGUAAGAGACAGAAAUGUGAGACGUCUGUACCGGCUGCUCUGUGUGUGGCUGUUAAUGGAGACUUUGCUGCAGUGGGAUAUGAACGUGACGGUGUCAGACUCUUCAGUCUUGAGACAGGUGGGUUCAAUGUCAAAGAAAUGAAAAAAGAAAAUUACAGAUUUUCUUAAUCGGACAACACCAGACAGAAUAUUAGACACAGUAUUUUAAAGCCCAGUUCUCAUGCAUCUCAAAUCAACCAAAUUCCUUAAGACAGUUUUAAACACAUUAGCUGCGUUUACAUGGGCACAAAUAAUCGGAAUAAAAAUGCGUCAUGUAAACAUGUCGAUGGAAGAUUCUGAUCCAAUGCAGCUCAAUCAGAAAGAAAUUAUAUUCCGAUCAAGAGGUGUGGUUUAUGCCGAUUGAUAUUCUGAAACGCGUCCAUGUAAACACUUAUUCUGAACAUGACUCUCUAACCUGACUCGAUCUUCACUCUUGAGCCUUUGGUUUAUUUAUUGAGGUCAGUUCAGGAGUUUUCAUUAUUAACACUUGCCGUGCCUGCUCCUCUGAUAACAUAACAAGGAUGCAUGUCACAGCAUGAUGAUGUCACAUCUGCACGCACAGCGCAACUUUUGACAGAACAGUAAAAUAAGUAAGCGAGGGCGCCAUCUAAUGACAGCAUUUAACAGAGGGGAAACUCCUGAAUUGGAUAAAGUGAGCCACUACUGCGUUUGUCGGUUUGUUGAUUGCACAGGCGUAAAAACAAAUUAUUGAAUUAUUUGAUUUUGCACCCAUAUAACCAGUGGAUUCAGAUUAUCAGAUCCUUUAAAUUUUCAAUCGAAUCAAGAAAUUUUGCCCAUGUAAAUGUGACUUUUGUACACGUUGCUCAAACUGAGAUAAUAUUAUUCCAGAAACGUCACAAACAGAGGCUCUCUUCUUUUGUUUUAUCACAGGUGAAAAGAUCUGGGACUCAGGGGACAUCACGGUGUCAGUUCCCUGCCUGAAGUGGAUCUAUCUGGAUCCAGAGCAGACCGAAUCUGAGAUACUGGUGUCUGCAGGCAGCGACAUACGUCUGAGGGUCUGGAAAAAGACAGAUGAAGAGAAGGGGCUCCUGGGAGGUCUGGACCAGAAGGGAGUUUUUUAUCACCAAAAUCAGCCCAUUCAGGCAAUAGAACAAAACUCCAAAUACCUGGCUACGGCUUCAGGUGAGUGACAGUCGAAACAUGACUGCAGAAACUUAAACCUGGAGGAAAAUCUGUGAAUAACUUGUUCUCUGUGUUUCCUCUUGUCUAAGGUGACUGCUCUGUUUUUCUCUAUCUGCUGAGUGAGCUGGCUGACGACUCCUGCGAUGAACCUCGUGCUCAGCUGUACGGCCACACCGGGGGGGUCACAUGUCUGUCUUUUAGCCCUGAUGGAGAACAGCUGCUCUCUGGUGGAAAAGAUAAGGUAUAAUGUGUUUGUGCUGUAAUCACGACACGACAGCAGAACUUUGGUUUGAUACAAACUCCGAUUUCUUUAAUGCAACUUGAAUCUGAUGCAGUCUGUCCUUUGGUGCAUGAACUGUCACACUUACAUCAGCCAUUACAGUUAAUAAGCCCUGAACAGUUAUGUCAUAUGUGAUCGAUUUGGAGACAGAGACUUUUUAUAAAUGGUAAAAGGUUGUAUGGUAUUGUAUAUCACAGUACUAAAAGUGGUGUGUGUGUGUGUGUAUUUGUGUGUGUUUCAGGCUCUGAUGGUUUGGGAUGUGAGUGUGACUCCUGCUGUUCUCUCCAAGUCACUCCCUCACUCUCACAGAGACUGGAUCACCGGAUGUGUUUGGACUCCAGACUGUGUGGUAAAUAUUAUUGUAGCGACUGCUUUCCUUCGUCAAAAAAGACCGCUGGGGUUUAGGUUCGCUUGCAUCUGUGACUCGUUAAAUGAUCGGUCUGGUUUGAGUGUUAAAAAAGUAAUUUAUUGUUCAAGAAAGAAAAAGUAAACACGCUGACAACACCUGCUGAUAACACCUGUCUUCAUUAGGCUCCCCUCUCUCUUCCAGAUCAGCUCCUCAAACGAUGGGAGGCUCUGUUUUUGGGAUCUGCUUGCAGGCAAACAACUUAAAGAAAUCUCCUGGACCAGUUCCCUGACAUCUGUCUGCUGUCUGGUGAGAAAAUAUGAAAAUGAUCCAUCAGAGAGAGUUGAGGAGACGUUGAUUCUAGGUCAUAGGAAACAUUUAGUCUUGUAGAUUCUGUUUUUUCUGUCCUCUCUUGAAGUUUGGAUGUUGAUUUGUUGUUUGUUGUUUCUGAGUACAGGGACAGUUUGUGGUGGCCGGCUGUGCAGAAGGAGGACUUCAUGUCUGGAACUGGGAAACAAACUCAGAUAUCAGCCACAUCGCUGCUCACAAACGGCGUAUUCACCACUGCACUAUCCUACCAAACACAGGUAAACUCUCUCUACUCUACAUGUCAUAUCUGUGUGUCUCCUCUACUCAAUAUUAGAAGUCUCAAUAUCUUUGUUAGAUCAAAUAAUCUCUGCUUUUUCUUUGUUUCUUCAAGACAAAGACAAAGAAGUAAACCCAGAGGACAUGUCUGUCCUCACUGCGUCUGAUGAUGGGACUGUGCAGCUCUGGAAACCUCUACAGGUCUUUUGUCUUUAAAAUACCACUGCAGGUUUAACAUACAUAGAAAAGUUUGGCCUCUGUCAACAAUUUUCUGUGUCCUCAUGUACAGGUGGAGCACUUCAACACCUUCCAGGGUCACAGCGGCUCAAUACAUGGAGUUUUUCCCAAACAGGGACUCCCAGAAUUCCUCUCUGUCUCUGAAGACUGCUCGCUGCGAUGCUGGACGUUGACAAAAGGUUAGAAUUUACCGCCUGCUUAUGAAAGUACUUGUAAAGAAAAUAUUCAAAAUUAGUCAUCUGUCUUUCUUCCAGACAAUCUCUAAAUUCCUUCACUUAAAAAUGUGUAACUUCUCUGUUCAUCUCCAGAGGGAACUAAACCCUCAGCCACCUUAUGAAAAAGCUCUGUCAGUGCAUAGAAAAUCUCGUUUUAGUUUCAUUACAUUAUGAGUCGUCGAAAUGUGAUAAUGCAGGCAUGCAAUAGGUCUUAAAAUGAGCUGUGGUCAGACGCAAAGGUGGCAGGUUUCCAUCUCUGCUUCCAAACUGGGAAAUCAAAAUCUGGUGCAAACUCUAGAUCAGUGAAACAGCCUGAUUUCCUCUCUGUCACAUUGUGGCUACAGGAGCGAAGUCGAUACUUUAAGCUACUGAGAUGCUUGACCUGGAGUAACCUGGUUGACGCGCCGCGCUACUGAGUUUUACUGUGAGUUGUGAUGAUCAGUGAGAGUCCGUACGCUGGUCCUUAGGCCUGUCGCGAUAAUCAAUAAAUCGCCUUAUCGCUCGGUAAAUAAAAACGAGGUCGGUCAUUUUGCCAGCCUCGAUAAUUGACGUGCGUUUGUUUUCCUCCUCUCUCGCUACCAAACACGCUGGAUGAGAGAAGAGGUCUCACUCUGUGCAUUGUUCUCGGCACCUGGGGGCGUUGGCUCUAUAGCGGAAUGAACGGAGUUAGUGAACCCUCCUGUCAGUCAUUCAGUAUCUUUGUCACUGGGGGGCGCGCGCACAGGUACACGUAGGCGCGCACAGGCACACAGACAAUGGCUGUGUCCGAAAUGGCAUACUGCCUACUAUCUACUUACCUACUCAAGCAGUAGCUACUGCCUACUGACUACUCAAAGAUGAUUUGAGUAUGCCGCGGCUGCCCGAGCGUUUACAUACAGAUGCAUACUAAAUACCCCAGAAUGCAUUUCGUGCCGGCCGGACGCAGCGCCGGGAAAAUUUAAAUAGUCCUACCACAAGCUACAUAGAACGACUGCAUUCUGGACAAAUUAUAUAAAUUCAUUCAAUAAUAAUAUUUUUUCUUGCGAGAAACUAAGUGUUUACAUCACGAUUAUGAGCCCAGUUGUUUGAAAUAGUGGCUGUUUGUAAAUUUGUCUCGGCGUUUUCGAAGACCGAAGUGUCCGCUUGGUCGGUGUUUGCGUCCAUUUACCGUAAACACCGGGCAGCAGCAGCUCCCCCUUUACGUUUCCAAAUUAUUGCUUAGUGUUUUCAUAAUCAACAUCUACACAACACAAACCGGGCGGCAGUGGAUGAAAAAAAUCACACAAACAUCCGUGUAUCCAUGGUGAUAAUGCUAUACACCACCUGCUAGGCCUGUGAUGAGCAGCAGAGGGCUGCAAAAUGACCAACACACAACAUAAUUAUUAUGACCUCGUUCGGUUAUUCCUUGGCAAAUACAUCAUUUCCCGACUACAUUCUUUUCAUGUACAAUGAUUAUUUCAGAAACCAUCAGAUUUUCAAUCACAAGUAAGAAUUAGUAAAGCUCACAUAGAUUGUCAACUGGAAACUCCCCCGUUUGUAUAUUCUGAACCAUGUGCUCUCUACCAAAGAUACUUUUUAUUAAUCAGAGGUCUGUGCUUAAUAUGAGCGACCACUUUGAUGAUGCAUUCAGAGAUGAGAAGAUGCUCAAACUUGAUGUAAUAAAUACAUCUUUAAUAGACACUUAAAUAAAGUCAAUUCAUACAAAUAGUUAAAAACAUUACCUAUAAUCCUAAUUUAAAAUACAAAUAAAUCUGGUAAAAAGAUCAAAGUAUGAUAAAAUGAUGAAAAUUGUGUAAUGUAUACUGACUAAAUAUUGUUUAUCUAUUUAUAUAAAUAUCAUUAUUAUUGCAAUCACAUGCCAUCUAUUUCUCUUCAGCCUCGGGAAGGAGGGCCAUAUUACCAGCUGAGGUGCGCAAUGCAUUGUGGGGCAGAAGCAGUACGUGAAGCAAGCUCCGUUGCACACUCAGAAAUCGAAGCCGAUUGAGUAUACAUCCGGGCAUUUCUCGCAUACACAAAAUUCACAUACUGUACAGUGUGAACGCACUGCCUACUCAAUUCAGAGGCGGGGUUAGUAGGAGUAAUAGGAGUAGUAGGCCAUUUCGGACACAGCCACAGACUUUUGGAUACAGUGCUGCAAGUGAGCGUCGUGAGUGAAAAGCAAGCAAACAGAAUGAACACGACAGCUUUGGUGUCUAAACCGAACGCAACAGCCCAAGUGUGGGGAUAUUUCGGCUUUAAACCAGUUUUGUUUUCGUCAACCACAAAACUCCACGUGUGUGUGCGCGCGCGCGUGUGUGUGUCUGUGUGUUGGAGGAGCACAGCAGGCUGAUGAGAGCUGUCAGAGCGGACCUAAGCUGCUCCUAUAUGUUUAGCGUUUAACUGACUGAGUUUUGCAACUCUGUUCGUCAUUUUCGUCUCGUCCCAUCAACGUAAACGCACUUUCAUCUCGUCACAUUUUAGUCAUCUCCGACUUAUGUUUAGCUCGUCAACGUUACGUCUUCGUCGUGGGUGAAAUUAAAGUUUAUCACUUUUGACAGGGCGUACUCGCAUUAUUAUGCCAUAUAAUAUCAUUAUCUAUAAUUUAAAAAACGGUGUCAAUAAUAUCGUUUAUCGGCAAUAAUUUGUAGCACAAUUAUCGUCCAGCAAAAUUUGUUAUCGUGACAGGCCUACUGGUCCUUAGAUUCAGCAAACAAAAAAAUUUAUUGAGAUGGACAACCAAAUCCAUUUUGCAAUUAAUAUCCAACUUGCUGAACAAACAAGGAAAACGCCGGAUAUUAGCGCCAAGACGGUCAAAAACCUUUAUCCCUGAGCCCCCAGAUAACAGGACAGCGACACCCAAGUUACACAAAGUGAACUGCAACUCAUAAUAAUACAAUAUACUCAUACAUAUUUGGUGGCAGUCGGCUAAUUUUAACCUUUUGAGGGCCUCAUCAGGAUGUUUCAGCAGUUGUGUUUGCGCUGUGUUGUUCUGUAUCUUGUCAGCAGUGUGUCACAGUGCUGUGAAAUCUGACCCAGCUCAUCUCUGUGUUGUGUCUUUUCAGAGGGUUCGUCCAGCCUGAGGGGUCCGGUCACAGCUCUGUGCUUCUCUCAGGAGGAUGACGAUCUGCUCUUUGUUGGUUAUGAAUCUGGUUAUCUGGAAAUAUGGUGGAACAACACCGUGGUCGGACACAAACAGGUGAGGAACAUGCGUGAGAAAAGGUUGAAUACUGGACUCACAGCUGGUUUUAAAUGCUGGUGUUUUUGUUUGUGUUUGUGUGUCAGACUUCAGCCAGCACCGUCACAGCGAUCUGCUCCAUGCCUGAUAACAAGUUCGCUGUCAGCUGCAUGAAAAAAGCGGUGGACGUGUGGAGGCUGGUGUGGAAUGAACAACACAGCACCGCAAGGUAAAAACGAUCACUCUACCAAACUGACGGAGCAUCAAGAAAACCUCACAUGAGAGCUGCAGAGUGAGUCCAUCAUGAUAAAUAGGAAAUGAACAAUUUAGGAGAUGGAAAUACGUCCUAAUAUCUGAGGGAGUUUAGAUUUGAUCAGAGCGAUAAAAAGAGUAGGACAUCAUGAUUGACAGCUCUGUCAACAAAUGAGGCUCCUGCUCUGCUGUGUGCACCAGAUCAGCAGAGGAGAAGAAGUCCCUGAAUUCUCAGAGUCACUCCUUCAAACCAACACAAGAUGAGAGAUCUUUGCCAUUUUAGCAGCGAGUUCAAAGUGUGUUGUUUUGGUUCAUGUUGUUACAGCUCAUAGUUUACGCUCUGUAACUGGAGAUCAGUUCGAUAUAAAAGAAUGUUGAUUUAUUUGAUGUGUUGAAUCAUGUGCCGUUCUGUCCCGUGUUUCUGUCUCCUCCAGCUUGGUGAAGGUAAAAACGUACAAAGUGGAAAACUCGAUGGUUCAGCUCAUGUUCUGCUCGGUCCUGUUGGGUGUGUCAUUCAAUGGGACAAUAGUCGACAUCGCAGCUCAUGAGGACCAGAAGUGGAGGAGCAUGGUCUCAAAGUAACACAAGAUUCUGUCCUAAAGGGGUUUCAGGGUUGAUUGAUUGAAGUUCUUAAUACAUUUUCCUUUGUUGCAGUUUGACAGAGAGGGUGAGGAUAAUGCAGCUGAUCCGUAACGACAAAAGAAGCAUGUGGGUGGUGGGCGAGGCGGAGGGAGAAGUUGAGGUUGGCUUUAUGGUGAGUUCUGAUCCAAUUGUAACUUGAAGUGAAGUCCACCACUUGUCUUGUUUUGACUAUUACUGACCAAAGCCUUCCUCUUUGUCCCCCUCAGUUUUCAUUGGGCACCAAUCAGAAUUUGGGUUCCAACUUCAGCUCAGCAUCCCUGCAGAGUGACGACAACGACGAGAAGAAGAAGGAUAGGAGUCUGAUCACAGCUAUAACUAUGGACCAAGGUUCGACCAUCUAUUCUUCCUGUUCUAUAGUCUUACCUUAAUAAUGAAUAUAAAGUCAGAAUAACAAUGAGAACCUCUUCUUGAUAUCUUUCAGAUUUAUUUGUGUGUGGAGACGUUGAGGGAAACAUGUGGUUCAUCCAGUCUCCAGAACCUUCUACAUGGCCCAAUAGAAAACCUGUAAGAGCCCAGAGAAGAGCUGCAUAUCACUUUAUUCAUUUAUCACUUUAUCAGCCAUGAGUGUCUCUAAAAGUGUUCACACUUAUAUUUGACAGUGAUUACAUGUAUCCCUACCAGUAACAUUGAGUAUUUUACUGUUUUUUAUCUUGAUGUUUGAUCCUCAGGCCCACAGUGACAGGAUCAGCGUGCUCAGACUCACAGACAGCACCAUCAUCUCCGCCUCCUACGACAGGACGGUGAAGCUGUGGGACAGAAACACCAAGAAACAGGUACACUCGAGACUGAGACUGUUUGGGAAGUUUAGAAAAGUUACAUCGAAAGCCAAACUGCAGAUUUGUCAACAAAGAAAAUUAAAAGUAAAAACGAUGAACUGCUGUUUUAUGCUCUGUUUUUUAUACAGAUGUCACCCUUCUCUCUCUCUCUCUUUCUCUUUCUCCUCUAGGUGGGGAUGUUUGUGUGUGGAGGUCCUGUUCUGCUUCUGGAGGUGAAUCCUAAAAAACCCACUGAGCUGGUCUGUGGUGACGGACAGGGGAAGAUCUACUUUCUCUCCUGGAAAGAAUAAAAAUACAAAAUAUAUAAUUCUCUAAAGUGCUGUGCCUACUAAAGAUACUGUUUCCUACCUCUUUGCUUUGGUGAUGGUGAAUGUGCAAUAUAUAAAAAAGAGGAUAAUAUCUACACUAUAUACUGGAAUAUAAAAUUAUGUGAUAGCUGUUAUGUUAUUAUUAACUGGUGCCUUUAAUUUAGAUUUAUGAGAAAACUUGAACAAGGAACAAAGAGUAUGGUUUACACUAUUAGUUUUUUAUUUUGUAUUAUAUUUAUUUAUUUAUAAGGGUUUGAAAUUAUAUACCUUUACAGGUGAAUGUGGUGUAUGAAACUAAUGAAGUGGAUAAAUUAGUUCAAUGACCUGAAUUUUUUUUUUCUGAAUUAAAAUUGAGUUUGAUCAGCAAUCA